CACCUCUUUGUCAACACUCCAUCUCCAUCCCGCCACCCAUCCAUCCACUAUGUCAGACCGCGAGGGCUUCGGCGGAGGCGACGACGAGCACACACUUCCGAAGGCGACUGUGUACAAGCUGAUCAGUGAAAUGCUCCCCGACGACUUGUCGUGCGCCAAAGACACGAAAGAGAUCAUCGUCGACUGCUGCGUUGAAUGGAUCAAGCUCAUCUCCGCGCAAAGUAACACUGUUUGCGAAGAGAGCAGCAAGAAAACCAUCUCGCCGGAGCAUGUUUUGGAAGCGCUCAAGCAACUUGGCUUCGAGUCCUUCAUCUCUGAGGUCGACGAGUCGCACGGCGAGUUCAAGCAGUCACAGAAAGACCGCCAGCGCAAUCAGCCCAACACAAACGGCAUGACGCCUGAAGAGCUCCAAGCUCUUCAACAGAAGCUGUUCUCCCAAUCGCAAGCGCGCCUGCAGAGCGGAGGCGAGUAGACGAGACGGCGUGAGGCCACUUGUUGUACCAUAUGCAGAGAUGCGGAGCUGUGCUAGUCUA